AUGCACACUCUCUAUCAGCAGCAGCAGGCCACAGCUGAGCCUACAUCACCAGGCAGCAAGUCAGUGGAGGUGUAUGGCUUCGUAUCGUGGGUGGCUUGUCUGGUCGCUGGUGUCAUCUAUCUGGCAUGGGCGUUCAUCCCGGAUCGAUAUUUGAGAGAAAUUGGGAUCACGUAUUAUCCAUCGAAGUGGUGGGCAGUUGUAAUUCCCACGUUAUUCUUACUUAUCAUUUUUUGGACUGCUGGUGUGAUCCUCCCCUUCCUCUCCUGGGCUCUGUCGCCUCCCCUCACGGACAAGAGACUGAUUGAGGAUCCAUCUCGUGGCGAUAGUCAAUUCAUCUCGAGCGACACAGACGAAUCGUCGAUAUAUGACAUACCUACAGCAGUGGACCUGAAGCUGAGUGAAGUUAACGCUUGGAAAUUUCGUGAGUUCCGCCUGAAUCGUCAUCGUCGUUGCCGUGAUCGGAAUCAAAAGCUUCCUGAGUGA